CUGGGGGCUUCGGAGACCAGAAGCUGAGCUCAAACGGAAUCUCUGAAGGGCUCUCUCACGCUCUCGCUUGUUUUCUCCUCUCUUUCUCCUUGCCCUCGAAUGGCGGAUGUUACUGGAGUUUUCCUUCUUGGUGUUGUGUUGUUCGUCGCCUGCACGGUGACGGCCGUGAGGGGGACGAAGUUUGAUGGCGUGAUCCAGGCGAGCUGGGCCUUGGACCAUGUCGUCUAUGAUGGCGAGCUUCUCAAGCUUAAGCUUGAUAACUUCUCUGGCUGUGGAUUCGCUUCUAAAAACAAGUAUUUAUACGGAAAGGUCACUGCUGAAAUCAAGCUGGUCGAAGGGGACUCCGCCGGAACGGUCACUGCCUUCUAUAUGUCAUCGGACGGUGUGAACCACAACGAGUUCGACUUCGAGUUUCUGGGGAACACCACGGGCGAGCCCUAUCUGGUCCAGACGAAUAUAUACGUGAACGGGACCGGCAACAGGGAGCAGCGGAUGGAUUUAUGGUUCGACCCCACGACCGAUUUCCACGCCUACUCCAUCCUUUGGAACCCCCGCCAGGUGGUCUUCCUCGUUGACGACACCCCGAUCCGCGUCUAUGGGAAUCACGAGGAGAGCGGCAUUGUGUUCCCGCGGGACCAGCCCAUGGGGGUCUACAGCUCCAUCUGGAACGCCGACGACUGGGCCACUCAGGGGGGCCGGGUCAAGACGGACUGGUCCCACGCGCCGUUCGUGUCGACUUAUCGUGAGGUGCAGAUCGAUGGAUGCGAGUGGGGGGUCGGGAUGGAAUGGACGGCGGAGGUCAAGCGAUGCAGCGAGAGCCAGUGGGGGAAGGAGGGGAGGUACUGGUGGAAGGAGAAGGAGAUGGAGGCGCUGAGCGUGCAUCAGAGCCAUCAGUUGAAGUGGGCCCGGGCCAAGCAUCUGGUGUAUGAUUACUGCUCUGAUACGGCACGGUUCCCUGUACCACCAGCUGAUUGCAAGGCAUGAUGGACGAUGGAUGGGUGGGUGGACUUGUUUGGGUGGUGGUAGUUACACUGUAAAAAUGUUAGGGGCAGAACUGCUGGUUCUUUUGGUUAUUUUCGAUGUUGUUUGCUGGUUAAUUGUUUUAUUUCUUAGUUUAUUAGAAAGGUGGUUGUAGUAUAUGAUGUUUCAAAAAUUAGAUCGAAUUGGCAAGCUGUCGCUGGUUUCUGGGUC